GAAGAAGACAAAAGAGAAGGUCAUUGUUACAAUGGAAGGGAGCAGCCGAGGAUAAUUUCUCUUUAUUCUAAUGUUGAAGCGCAACUUGUAUAAAUGUUUGUAUGGAUUCUAUGGAAAAUGGAGUCAGACACACUCUGCAAAUUAAUACCCACCCAACUUCUCCUUCUCUCUCAAUAUAUACCCUCUUCUUUUUUAUUUUUCAUUUUAGUUUUUAUCAACCGGAGACAAUGCCCGAACCGGACGAAGAUACUCACCUCUACGUUCCUUCUUCUAGGUCGAAGGACGUUACGGUUGUUGCAGCUGCUUCGUCCCUCAUGAACUUGGACGUUGAUCUUGAUCUUGAUAAUCCUUGGCCGUUGGAUCAGCUCGGUUUUGUCUCCAACCCCAUGUCUUCCUUUCUUAUUUCUUCCUCUGAUCUUGACCUUGAUAAUGCUUGGCCGUUGGAUCAGCUCGGUUUUGUCUCCAACCCCAUGUCUCCCAUUCUUAUUUCUUCCUCUGAUCUUGAUCUUGAUAAUCCUUUUCGGGCUUUUUCUGACGCAAACAACGACGAUAGAAUCGUUGCUCAAGCCGAUUAUCCUUUCUUUCUUGAAUUUGCAGGUAAUCCGAGUGCUGAAACUGAAAACCCAAAAGAUAAUGACGAAAACAGAAAGCUUCCUGGUCUUCCUUCCCCUUUUUCGGGACUGGUGCCCUUAGAGAACUCAGAUGGAUAUUGUAUGAUCAAGGAGAGGAUGACCCAAGCAUUGCGGUACUUCAAAGACUCAACUGAGCAACAUGUUCUAGCUCAAGUUUGGGUGCCAGUAAAAGUCGGGGGUCGGUAUGUUCUAACAACUUCAGGGCAACCCUUUGUACUUGAUCCCCAUAGUAAUGGCCUACAUCAGUAUAGGAUGGUCUCUCUGAUGUAUAUGUUUUCUGUGGAUGGGGAUAAUGAUGGAGAGCUUGAGCUUCCUGGCCGUGUUUUCUGGAAAAAGUUACCGGAAUGGACACCCAAUGUGCAGUAUUACUCCAGCAAUGAGUAUUCACGGCUCGAUCAUGCUCUUAAUCAUAAUGUUCGAGGAUCCAUGGCUCUGCCAGUCUUUGAACCUUCUGGCCAGUUCUAUGUUGGUGUAAUUGAGCUCAUAAUGACUUCACAAAAGAUUAACUACGCUCCGGAGGUUAAUAAAAUUUGCAAAGCUCUUGAGGCAGUAAAUCUGAGGAGUUCAGAAAUCCUGGAUCAUACGAGCACACAGAUUCGGAAUGAGGGCCGCCAAAAUGUGCUGGCUGAGAUUUUGGAGAUAUUGUCAGUUGUGUGUGAAACUCACAAAUUACCAUUAGCUCAGACCUGGGUUCCGUGCAGCCAUCGAAGUGUUCUGGCCUACGAUGGUGGUUUGAGGGAAAGCUGUAGUAGCAUCGAUGGUAGCUGCAUGGGACGAGUCUGCAUGUCGACAACUGAUGUUGCUUGCUACAUAGUAAAUGGUCACAUGUGGGGUUUUCGGGAAGCUUGUGUUGAGCAUCACCUACAUAAGGGUCAGGGGGUCGCUGGGAGGGCGUUUUUCUCCCUCGGUUCUUGCUUCUGCAAUGAUAUUACUCGAUUCUGCAAAACUGAGUACCCAUUAGUACACUAUGCACGCAUGUUUGGAUUAACCAGCUGUUUUGCUAUCUGCUUACGAAGCACUUAUACCGGAGAUGAUGAUUACGUUCUAGAAUUCUUUUUGCCCCCUGUAAUCACAGACAGUUAUUAUGAGCAACGGACUUUGUUAGGCUCCAUAUUAUCUACAAUGAAGCAGCAUUUCCAGAGUCUUAAGGUUGCCUCUGGGAGAGAAUUUGAAGAGGAAGUAAGAUGUAUUGAAAUGAUUGAAGCUACUGCGGACAAGGCGAUAGUUAUCAGCAGUUACUGGUAAAAUUUUAUGCUAUUGACCA